AUGGUAUCCGCCGGGAGCGGUUUCUCCCACGCUCGCGCUCCUCAGCAGGAGUGUUUCCUCCACCAGCGUCGUCGCCGCAACCAGGAAUCAUUCCUCCCCGGUUGCGAUGGAACCCACCAGGACCGGUUUCUCCCCUGGCGCAGGUUGACCCGGGACAUGUCACUGGAUAGCAUCGCAGGGACUGGGGGUGAGGGCAGGACCGGCGUGGAUUUCACCAGGAAAGCGUUGGCAUCUGCUACCUGCUCAGACAGCAUAUCACAGCCGCAACAAGACGGUAAGAUCAGGGAACAUGGCUACGCACACACUGCAACCACUCCUCCGCCGCCGCCAGCAAUACUGCCCAGUCACAGAACCCAGCAACGACAGCAGCAGCAGCAGCAGCAGAGUUUACCAGGACAACAGCAAGGGCACUUGCACCACUACUGCCAGGAUCACCAUAACAGCCAGGAUAACCCUGAACACCAUGACAACCAGGAUCACCCUGAUCACCAUGACAACCAUGAGGAGGGGGAGGAGGGCGCCGAGAGCCAGUACGGGAACAGUGAUAACACACACGAGUACGCGGUCUUCCAGCUGAACAGCCGGGCCAACAGCUCCGAUAGCUCGUCCGGCGGCAGUCUGACACGGAGACCAUCAAGCUCAUCCUGCACCUACGCUGUGUUUGAAUCGCACAAGGCGUCGCGACGAGCAAAUGAUCACGCCAAGUCCGUGCGUAUUUCCCGCGCCACCGCUGCGUCAAAGAGGGGCGGGCGUGAGCGUACGCAUCGAGCGAUGUCCCACCAUGGCAACUCGUAUCCCUUGGCAACCUGUGCCGCGUCCCGUGGCCGAGCACGCAAGUCCGGGUCCGUUUGCGACGCUGCUGCCGCUGCUGCGGGCAGUGAUGAUCAAACGCCCAGUCGAGCAGUGCUGUCGUCCGUUCCCAGCUUCUCAUGCUAUCUGCAAAAGCGCGCUGUCACCACCAGCACCAAGAGUGCCCAGACCAGUUCAGUAGGCACGGAGUCGGCAGACACGUCGUCCCGCCGUCCGCCACUGCCUCCACCUGGCCAGGCAGCAACGAAUAGCACACCGGCGAGUGCAGUAUCGAGUGCAACAUCGGGUCCAGUGUCGAGUGCAGCUGUAAUACCAACAAUAAGUACCUCAAAGACAGGGCUGAGGAAUAACAAUGGUGGUGUUUGUCCACCACGGCCUCCACCAGGCCGGGCAGGCGCAAGGAGCGUAACCGUGAGCGCAGUAUCGGGUGCAGUAUCGAGUGCAGCUGCGAUACCAAUGGCAGACACAUCAAGGCCACGUCUUUCUAAAAGCAAUAGUGUUGGUCCACCACAGCCUUUAACUGGCCGGGCGGCAUCGAGGAGCGUAACCACGAGUGCAGCAUAUUGCCCAGUAACGAGUGCAGCUGCCAUAUCAACGGCAAGCGCAUCAAGAGCACGCCUGACGAACGGCAACAGUGGUGGCGCACUCACCCGACGUCAUCGUGACAGCAAAGGCGACAUAAUGCACUACGCGGCAGCUAGCAGCGCCGAUGUGGAGGUGAACAAGUUCCACCCUGACGCUGGAGCCGAGUCGGCGAGCUCAGGAAGGAAAUUCCAUACGCCAAUGUCCAAUCACAUGGUCAAGACGGCGAUGAAGUUCCCUGUGAUGUCACCGAUGAGGUCAUCACGGAGUUUGAGUGAGGUGCACACAUACACCCUACCAUCUCAUCAGAAGGUGAGCGAACAGCAGCAACAACAGCAGCAACAACAGCAGCAGCAGCCCAAGGCGACUCGCUCGGCUGCAAUAUCGCCCGUGCUGAGUCACAGCUCUUGCAUCACUGAAUACGACGACAGUAUGGUUCAGGACACUGCCAGCACCGUGCAGUCGGCCGAUGCCAACCAGCAGCGGAAAGAGAACUCGGCCAACCACGCCAGCUCCGGUGUGCUGUAUGAAGUUCUCAUCGGACCGCGCAGUCGCUGCGCUACGUCCACGAGGUUUUCCGAUGUCGAUGCCCUUACGUCCAACGUGGAAUCAUCGCUCGAUGGUGCAUAUUAUUCGUCCACUGUCGACGCCAUUUGUCAUUCUGUAGCCGGGAACGGCGAAGACUAUGCAUGUCUGGCGAAGAAGGCGUUCAGCAACGGAAACGUCCCCCUGAAACCAUCAUUCAAAGCCAAAGAUCAUUGGAGGACCAUCAGUUCGCGUUUGAGGCAUACUCAGCAAAGAAAACGCCACUAG